CAAGAACUCUCCCCCGCAUCAAUGGCCGAAUCGAACCCUGUUCCUCUUUUCCUCCUCCUGCUCUUGGUGUUCCUCUGCUCAUCCAACACGGUGGCUCCGAUCUCCGAGAACGAAGUGGACUCCGCGAUUGCUGCCCUACGGUCGAGCGGCUACGCCCUUUUCGGCAACGGCAUUGCCGUCUCCGACCUCCUCUUCGACCUCCUUCACCACGGCCCCAACGCGUCCUUCACCCUCUUUGCGCCCACCGAUGCCGCCCUCUUCGCGCUAGACAUGGCCUACCCCGCCGCCGCCUACGUCCGCGUCCUUCGCCAGCACGUCGCCGUCCGCCACCUCACCCACCAUUCCCUCCGCUCCAUCCCGUCGGGAACCCCCGUCCCCACCCUCCUCCUCUCCCGCGACCUCAUCAUCUCCCAUCGCCGCGACCCCGUCGGCGGGGAAGGUCUCGACGUGGCGACGGUCGACGGAGUGGACGUUGUUCUGCCGGGGAUCUUCCACUGCAAGGACCUCGCCGUCCACGGCCUCAACGGUAUCCUCGCCCCGCGCAAGAGCGAGGCCUCAGAUGGGAUCCCGUACGAGCAGCCAGGAUCGCCGGAUAAGCACCUCCCUCCUGACGGAUUCGAUCACACGCCGGAUUCUUGGACGCCAGCGGCAUCCCCUGCCAUGGAUCUCUCUCCGAUCCUGCCGGUCGCGGCAGCUCCGGUGCCGAUGCCCGCUUAUCCAUAUCCGAUCACAUUGCCGCCGUCGUUUCUUGAUGAAAUCUACCCGCCGACUAGCAAAAGCGGAUGGAAGGGGAGACACAGAGGCACCGGGAAGGUGGGAGCGUCUCCGACGAGUUCACCAGCCGCGGGCCGCCCUCUCAGUCCACCUCAGCAAGGUAUUGUUGACGCCCCUUAA